UACAUAACCUUGUUUGUUUCUCCAUCUGAUAUGGUAAAACAUGUAACAGAGUGUGAAUACAAAUUAACAUGUCUGCUAUUAUUUAAGAAAGCCAGGAUGUCUGAAGAGCUGUCCCUCAACAUAAACAUCAAGGAGCCGAAAUGGGACCAAGGCACAUUUAUGGGGCGCGCCAAGCACUUCUUCAUGGUCACAGAUCCAAGGAAUGUCCUGCUGUCCUCUGAGACUUUGGAGGAGGCCAGAGUGAUCACAGAGAACUACAGAGCUGGGAUCGUGAAGCCUGGUCUGUCGGAGGAUGAGCUCUGGAGGGCCAAGUACAUCUACGACUCCGCCUUCCACCCCGACACAGGAGAGAAGAUGUUUGUGAUUGGCCGGAUGUCCGCUCAGGUGCCGGUGAACAUGUCCGUCACAGGCUGCAUGCUCACCUUCUAUAGAACCACUCCGGCUGUGGUGUUCUGGCAGUGGGUUAACCAGUCCUUCAAUGCUGUCGUCAACUACACCAACCGCAGUGGCGACGCCCCCAUGACCGUGAAUCAACUUGGUGCAGCCUACGUCAGUGCUACGACUGGAGCUGUCGUCACUGCGCUGGGUCUCAAGUCUCUCGCUUCGCGUCUCCCGCCGAUCGCCAGCCGGUUCGUCCCCUUUGCUGCCGUCGCUGCUGCCAACUGUAUCAACAUUCCCUUCAUGAGGCAGAGGGAGUUGAAGUUCGGUAUCCCUGUGAUGGAUGAGCAUGGAAACAGGUUGGGAGAGUCGCCCAAUGCUGCCAAGCAGGCCAUUAUGCAGGUGGUGGUGUCGAGGAUCGGCAUGGCAGUGCCAGCAAUGGCCAUUCCCCCUGUUAUAAUGAAUGCUCUGGAGAAGAAGGCUUUCAUGAAGCGGUUCCCAAUUCUAAACGCACCAGUCCAGGUGGGGCUCGUCGGUUUGUGCCUGGUGUUUGCAACUCCUUUGUGCUGCGCCCUCUUCCCGCAGAAAAGCUCUAUGAGUGUGAGCGGGCUGGAGGAAAAUCUGCAGGAGAGGAUACGAGAGAUCAGUCCCAACACCACCACCGUCUACUUCAACAAGGGCCUGUAGGACCAGCAACACAUCUACACUCACAAGUCAAAGAUACACACACAAGUCAAAGAUACACUCACAAGUCAAAGAUACACUCACAAGUCAAAGAUACACUCACAAGUCAAAGGUACACUCACAAGUCAAAGAUACACACACACAAGUCAAAGGUACACUCACAAGUCAAAGAUACACACACAAGUCAAAGAUACACUCACAAGUCAAAGAUACACUCACAAGUCAAAGAUACACUCACAAGUCAAAGAUACACUCACAAGUCAAAGGUACACUCACAAGUCAAAGAUACACACACACAAGUCAAAGAUACACACACACAAGUCAAAGGUACACUCACAAGUCAAAGAUACACACACAAGUCAAAGAUACACUCACAAGUCAAAGAUACACUCACAUUUCAAAGAUACACUCACACACAUGCUAUAAAUGCUUGUAUGUUGUCUUGUGGAAGGACAACAGCAUUUAUUUAUGUUUUUGUUGUGUGCUACUGCAUUUGUUUUUUAAUUUAACUGCAUGGAGCUGCUCCAAGUGUAACAGUAGAGGGUCAGGGUGUAUAUUGUUGAGUAUUGACAUGAAGGAAAAACCAAUCACUUUGAUAAGGAAGAUCACUGACUGUUCUCUCUCUAUGUUACUAGAUGACACUCCUUAGAAAAGAAAAACUUGACUCCUGUUUUUUUAUUAUUAAUGUGUCGGAUGCUUUCUGUGCUCCUUUGGUCAGAACUGCCUCUCGGGAGGCAGCUCAGGAAGUUCCUGGUUUGUGUUUCACUCGACAGCAUUUCAUGUUGCAAUUCCUGUCUAGUCAGCAUUGCCGUAUUAACUAUUACGCAAUCUAACUAAAGUAUGUUGAUAUUAUCGCUACCAGUUAAUUUCCUUCUUGUAGUUUUACUGAUAAUCUCGGUGUGUUGAUUGCGUUGAAUGGUCCAACCCGUUGAUGUUCUCCGUGUUAACCCCUGCAGCUUCUCGCUCUCUUCAACUCUCCUGAAGUGUACUUAUGACCCUUCAUAUUCAUAGACCAGGUGAUUAGGUGCUAAGUACAAUGUGACAAAGACGGGAUGAAGAAAUGUGACUGCAAAAGCUCACAAAGCACAGAGGUGUGUGUGUGGUUUAUCAACAUAAAUAUGUACUGUUGUUGCCAUGGCAGUGUGUGUGUGUGUUUCUCAAGGCCUUUUAUCUUUUGAGAUCACUCUAUGAACUAGUGCAGUCGCUAUCUUUAGUGGCAUAUUCGAUUGAUGUUGGUGGUGCUUGUCAGGCGGAGGAAUACUCGGUUGUUUCAGUUCCUUAAAGUCGGGGAGCAGGGUUCUCCUGCAACAACAAGCUGCCAAUCGGUGGUUUGCGUGAGAUCAGCGAUGUCCCCUCGUACUCAGUGAAAGUCGCUCAUGUUGCGUGACAAAGUCAAAUUCCUAAAUGCUUAUGUCGAGGUACAGCAGUGGGUAACUGUGCACAGUCUGUGUUGUGGUUUUGUGGAAGUCGUCAGUUUGGCUGAGUUUGAGCUUUUCUGAUGAAAUGAAUUCACAUCGUCGCUAAAACACGCGGCGGUCCGGUGUGGUUCCCUAGUGCUGAUUGUGUAAGUGAGGAACUAUCAGCUGUAAUUAUCCAUGUUGUCUCUCUGGAUUAUGCAAUAAUGAAUAUAUUUUUCUUUGAUAUAUAAAUACUUUUAUGAUGUAUUAUGGAGCACAUAUGCAUGAGGAAUCUUAGGGAUUUUAACGUCAAGGUGUGCCUCGGUGAGUGGAUCCACCAGACGGGCCUCGUACGCAUCGGGAGACGCAUGUUCAGAGUUUGCUGCUCAUUAGCGAGGGCACCUCUCGGGCUAAUGAGCUUUCAGAUGAGAGGAUCGGUCCUCCAGUGGGACUUUACUCCACGAUACAGUGGACACAUUCACAGAUGACCAGCUCCUCCAUGUUUGUGCAAAGUGAUGGUCAAAGAGAAACAUUACCCAACAGUAAGGUUGGAUCACUUAAAUUCACCUCCAUCAGUCAUCUCAAGUUUGUGUCAGAAAUGUAAAGGUCAAUAUUUAGCUCCUGCACAAUGAUCAACUGCCGUACAGGAACGCACAAUAAUUGUGUUUAUUUGUGAUACUGAAAUGUGAAGGGUUCAUUUCCAACGUGCUCUCCAGAUCACUUUAUAAACACAUGCGACCCUCGAAUACCGUCCUGAUGCGACUCCUCACUUCCGUAUGAGGAUGUGGAAGUCUUUGUAUUAUUUAUAAAUGAUGGAUGUUAUUUCGGAAACCAUCUUUUCAAAGUUUUCUUUUCCAUCGUCUUUGAUAUUUUCAUUCGAUCACUCAACGCCCAGAUAAUCGCGACUGUUUAAGUCGCUCGGCCCUUCUGGGAUACGAAGACAUGAUCACGUGCGCUGCAGGACAGUGUUGGAGAGGGAGCACCACUAGUGUGUACCAGUAUAAAACCUUUAGGACGUAGUCACCGUGUUGUUUGGGGUGUUUUCCUGCAGAAGAAACUGCACUAUAUAACCUUUUGUUGUGCUGCUGUAGGAGCUAGAUGGAUUUGUGUUGCUCUUUAAAGGGAGCUUCUGAAUGUUUAUAUUGAAGAUUGUAUUUGUUUAUGGUGCUGGAAGAUGUUGACUGAAGUUACUGCUCAUUAAUAAUCUAUUCGAUGUCUGGCAGUUCUCAUUGCUCAAAACCAAGUUCCGUUAGCAUUAGCUUCUGCUUUUUUCCUUUUGCUUUUUCUGCUCUUAGAAUUGUGGCGUCAAGAACAAAACUGGAGGGUUUUAGUCGGCAUUUAAAUUAAUUUGUAAACGAUUAUCUUAGUUUGACCGUAAAAUGUUGCGCCAAUAGAUCUUGCCAGAUAAGAUGGGUAUGAAUUGGAUUGAGGAGAAGGGUGUCGCUUUUAAUGUUUUAGUUUCAGCUUUAGCGCGAGGACCUUUUUCCAAACUGUUCUCACUUAUGGUUGUUUUUUUUUACAGAAAGGUUCCUCAUCUUGUCAGUGUUACUCUCAACAGCACACCAACUGUUUAAAAAAACAUGGCGUUGUCAUUAACACAUUUAAUCCAGUUAAAUCCAGACACACAGUUUAGUUAAAGAUCACAUUUUUGACAUUGAUUUUAUUGACAUUCAAUAAAUUACAAUAAUAAACUUGACCUGACAUAAUGCUGAGGAAUUGUGGUGCCCUGAUUGUGAAAAUCCACCAAUUUAAGAAUUUUAUGCUGCAUAACAUGAAGAAAAUGUCAAAUCUUUGCAUAAAUGGCACAAAUGAAAAGACAAUCUGUUAUGUUUAACACACUAUGAAUGUUUUUGUUUGUACAUACAACUCACACACGAAGCUCUGUGUUGGUGCAGUGUUUUUUCCCUCUAUUGUGUACUGUGACUAGAUAUAUUUCCUUGAUGUGGAAUGUAUUUUACUCUAUUGUAAUAAAAUAUGUAACGUUAAAGUCCAA